AUGAGGUAUGUUAAAAGUCAACAAAGAUCUAAUGAAGAUGUUGUUGAGCAAGUUAUACUCGAUAUGUCAGGAGUGACAUCCAUUGACACAACUGUAAUUGAAGGAUUGUUGGAGCUAAACAAAAUGUUGGAAAAGAACGGAAUUGAGAUGUUUUUGGUAAACCCAAGGCUGGAGGUUAUGGAGGAGCUAAUAAUAUCCAAGUUUGUUGACAAGCUUGGGAAGGAAUCGUUCUAUCUAACAUUGGACGAUGCAGUGAAGGCAAGCCAAUACUCACUCAAGAAAAAUGAUAAUGGAGACAUAGUUCAUGAAACUAGUCAUGCUUAAAUGCAACAGUUAAAACCAUGUUGUGCACCAGAGAUUUCUUUUGGAUGGCCCAAUAUGAAUGACGUAUUAUAUGCUACUGUUUUGGAAUUGAGAAUGUUUUGGCUAAUGGCUUCUCCAAUACUUUGAAAGUACAAAGGGAGGCUUACUAGAGAACCCUUUUUCAAUUCAGAUUAGAUG